AUGGCGACAACAGCGUCGGUGUACAACACUUCACGCACAACACGCCAGAUUCUUCGACGACAUCGAAAAGACAAGCCGUCACUUAUAUUGCACUUGCACAAUAAUCAUUUCCGCUUCGAACGUCAAAAUGGCAUGUUCCUCUUCGACUCGCCAGUCAAAGCCUUCCUCGGCUGCAUCCGCGAUCAGAAAGUGCCCGCAGAUCUAAUAGACGUCCUCACCGAAUCCGGAGUUCAAUUCUUUGAAGGCUGCUUACUCGUUGACGUGCAUGAUCACCGCAGUCAUGCUGCUGCCUCCGCCUCACCACUGGGACCAGGCGAGCUGCACAACAUGAGUGCAGCUGUAGUCGGUCAUGGCCGAGAUGCGAGUAACCGGCUCGGACUAGACUCGGACAGCGGUCUUGCAUCUAGCCUCUUCUAUUUACAAGAAGGUGGUCGAUAUGGCGCACGCAAGCUUCUGGGCGGCAUAGGGUCGUCCGAUCCGCGCACGAGCGGGCUAGGUGGUGUGGAGAUCUAUCGUAUCGUCCUCCACCCCACAUCAGAGACACUCUGGGCGGACAUCAAAAUGCUCGACGACAUGACUGGAGGCAUUUGGAGCGAUCAAGAAGCGCUUCAAGUGGAAGCAAAGAUCCUCGCUCUUACCGCCCCGCCUCUCUGUCUGACACCAGAUCCGCAAGCAACACGCAUAGCCAACCUCAUGCUCAGCUCUACAGCACUUCCAUCCGCAUAUUAUCCCUCACAAGACUCGCCAUACCGGUCGGCGAAAAAGAGAGGCGCAAAUUCGAUCGAGAUGGAGAAAGAGGAAACAAAUCGUCAGCGUCGGGAGAAGAUCAUGCGUCUUAUGCAGCACGGACACCAGAAUGCAUUGCCCAGUGCCAAUGUCGGUCCUCGACCAGGGUCUGCAGUCGGCGCUGCUGCAGGUGCAGGGGCUCAGGGUGAACCUUCCUCUGCUGCUGCGGCAACUGCAUUUGUCCCGACUUUCGGACGAAUGGGAUUCAUCGAGAGGUGGAGGAUGGGCAGAAAUGCUGCUUUGGGAGGUGGGAUGCCAGGAGCCGGAGCUCCCGUUGCGAACGGUGCUGCUCCUGCCAACGGCAAAUCGGACAAAGACUCAGCAAAGACAAGCGACAGAGACGACACCACAGACGCAGCCAACACUUCUACUACCAAGAAGCCCGCAUCCAAGAAGAAGAAGAAGGCUCAGCGCGAAAGAGAAGAAGCCGAAGCAGCCGCUGCCGCAGAAGCUGCAAAGAAGAAAGCCGAAGAGGAAGCCGCUGCGGCCGCUGCAGCUGCUAAGAAGUCGAAGAAGAAGCUCACUAAGAAGGAACGCGAGGAGAAGGAACGCAAGGAGAAAGAAGAAAAAGAGAAAGCAGAGCGAGAAGAGAAGGAGAAGGAAGCUGCCGCUGCGGUGCCUGUUACAAAGGGCGCAAAGGGGAAGAGUAAGAAGAAGCAGAAGGAAGAGGCAGCGGCGGCGGCAAGUGCUGAGAAGAGUCCUGCUAAGAAUGGCAGAGCCAAUGGUGCUGAUGCACCAGGUAGUCCGGAUAAAGACAAGAAAGGGUCGCCAAAGAAGACGGCUGGUAAGAAACCGGCUGGCUCAGCUGCUGCGGCUGCUACGCCUGCAGCACCGGCUAGUGCGGGUAAGAAGAAGACUCUUGCAAAAGCGGCCGAUAAGAAGGGCGCAACAGCUAACGCAGCUGCUGUUCCUGCUGCCAACGGUGCAGAUCUGGCUGCUGCAGCGGCAGCGGUUCAAGGAACACCGAUUCUCGGCAGUGCUACUCCAUCCGUCCAGUCCACACCUACUCCUGUGCAUCGUUCGAUCCCUUCUCAACCACGACAACAGCAACAGCAACAGCAACAGCAACAGCAACAGCAGCAGCAGCAGCAGCAACAACAACAACAACAACAACAACAACAACAACAACAACAACAACAACAACAACAACAACAACAACAACUCCAGCAGCAAUUACAACAACAACUCGUAACAGGCCAACUCACGCAACAGCAACUGCAACAAGCAGCUAUGGCAGGACUAUUCCCACAAAUGCAAGGUCAACUUGCCUUCAACGGGGCUGCUGGUGCAGGUGCUGGGUUCGGUCUACCGAUGAUGAACAACAACAACACUGGGUUCGCAGCUGCAAACAAUGCUCAGGCUACAGCUGCAGCAUUGGCGGCGAUGCAAGGUAUGGGGAUGGGAGGAGGACAGUUUGGAAGUGGAAUGAUGAAUUAUGGUGCUGGAGGAACAGGGUUGGGACAGAUGCAGCAGAUGAUGGGGUUGAUGAAUGGUGCAGGAGGUUUUGGGACGGGAUUGGGUUUUCCUCAGCAACAGCCGCAGGGGCAACAUGGUGCGGGAGCACAGCAGCCAGGAGGACAGCAACAGGGAGGAGCGACGGGAGAUAUGCCAGUUGGUGUGGGCUUGGCUGGUCUGGCGAAUUGGGGAAGUGGAAAGUAA